AUUGUAUAGGUGUACGAAGUACCAGUUUUUUUUUUCUUUUUAUCUGCUAGUGUGUGAUUUAUAUCAUUUAUCAAACUAAUAUUCACUUUAAAUAUGGAAUAGCACGGGGAACGAGGAGGAAAUGGAGACUAAGAUGGAGGAGGAAGAUAAUGAAAGACAAACGUCACAUGAUGAUAAGAUAAAACGCAGAUUAGGGUAAGCCACAGAACAGAGAAAGGCACGGAAACGCAACAAGGACCACCAACAUGUCCAUGGGUGUUGGGGACAGUUCUGACCUUAUUCAUGGAGGGGGAGGCAGCCUACGCGUUUUCUGGCUUUCACGCACAGACUUCGAGAAGAAGCUGCUCGUGGUGGUGUGUGUCCUCUCCAUUGCCGUGGUUGGCCUCACCGUGGGUGUUGCCGUCCUCGCCGCACGAAAUGCUGCUGUUUCCUGCCAGACCUUAUCGUUGAAGAUGUCAGAGGCCACUUCUGACACUCAUUCAAUCACGCCUACACCGACACCGACACUCAAGCAAGCGUCCUCAUCCCCUCUCAUCGCGCGGUAUCGUCGGUCCACCCACACUACUCUACACACUAAUCCACACACAGCCGCACAUCCACACAUACAUACAGUGGUAGCUGCACCUCUUCAUUAAUAUUCUCCAAUCACAUUUGAAAUUUUGAGGUUCGUACUCGCUCGAUCAGGCGAGUGAGUGAGCAGAUGUUGUCCUAAAUCAAGAAGGACGUGGUGUGGCUGUGUGAAAGAUUAAACUAAUGACAAUUAGGCUGUCGCUGGAAGGGUCUAGCUGGUCAUCCAGCAAAUGAUCAAGAGGGCCGCAGGGGGAUUGCGCUGCCACAUUUCUGACACACAGCAUCCAGUAAAAAAAAAAAGAA